CCCGCGCAUCUCGCUUCUAUAAAAUUCUCGAUCGGGCAUCUCGCUUCCUCCAAACCUUGAGCGAAGCGAGAAGUUGACGACGGCGACGAUUAGUAACAGGUGGAUCGCGUACCACAGUUCAAAGCAGCAAGGGACAAAUAAUAUCAUCGGCGAGGACAACAGCCACCACUCACCACCCAACACCCAACACCCAACACCCAACACCCAAAACCUCACUUUCUGAAACCCGCGCCCGCAACAAAACCAACCUCUGCUGCUGCUGCUCCUAGCAUUGCAAACUCUCGGUCUGGCUGCUGCAACUGGCAUUCACUUCACAAGAGACUGUGAAUCGCGUACCAUACGUCUCCACCGGUGCCACGCUCCAGAGGACGAUCUCCAGAUCCGAUCUGCUCACCUCACCUCACCUCACAACCUCACCUACAUACCACCUCGCACCUCCACAACAAACCUCACAUAACCUCGCACCUCACACCAACCUACGCGCCAAUCCCCCAGCGCACUACAGCUCCUGCACUCCACGCGACAUCCCCACGCAUGCCCCGACACCACCAUACCCAUACCCAUACCGCACCACCGGAUCUGAGCUGGAGAUAAGAGGCAGCUUGCGCCAUGGAGGCGCCUGAAGCUGCUGUUGCGGCGGGAGACUACCCAGAGUCUGCCGGGGAGGAGGAGGCGUAUCCGUGUAAGGGAUGUGGAGAGAUUCUGGAAGAGGGCAAGGCUUUUGAACUUGCAAACAACAGAUGGCAUCUCGACUGCUUCCGCUGCAACCAAUGCCACACCCUCCUCGACUCGGACGCCAACCUGCUCCUCCUCGGCGACGGCUCCCUGAUCUGCAACAACUGCACCUACAGCUGCAGCGCCUGCGGCAACAAGAUCGAGGACCUGGCCAUCCUGACCGGCGACCAGGCCUUCUGCGCCACCUGCUUCCGCUGCCGCAACUGCAAGCGCAAGAUCGAGAACCUGCGCUAUGCCCGCACUUCACAGGGCAUCUUCUGCAUGAGCUGCCACGAGUCGCUGAUGGCGCGUCGUCGUAAAAAGAGUAAACUCGCCGCCGCCCAGGCGAAAGCUAAAGAAAAAGAUAGCAUGCUCGUCGAUAAAUCCCUUCCGGCCCUGCCACCCCUGCCACCGAGCGAGAAGGCCGCCACAGAGGCCGCCCAGUCGAGAGAGCCGGCCAUGAAUCCGCACACCGAGCUCUCGCCGAGACCGCGCCCACAGUACCCUGACGAAGUAUCGAGAAGCAGCUUGCGUCGCGCCGAAUCACCCAGCGAUAUGGGACAUAGAGACGGCCUGACCCUCCCAACCACCACAUACCGCAACAACCGCCACUCCCACGCCUCCGACAUGACCGCCGACGGCGACGGCUUCUUCAUCCCGCUCGCCUUCGACUCGAGUCCCGCCCCCACGCCGCGCCUAGCGCAGAAUACCAAGACCGAGAGAAGCAUGAAGGAGAACGCCGCGGCGAAGGAUAUGCUCAGCCCGUCGGCGAGGAGCGCGAGGGGACAGGUGCCAAUGAGCCAGUCUACCCCGCACAUCGCGUUCCAGGAGAAGGGCCGCACGACAUCGACCGAGUACUCCGAGUCCAGCAAGGACGGGGGAGCCACCACGAGGAGGCCACCACCGCGUCCGUCGGCGGGGAGCCGCAGCACGUCUGCCACUGCGUCGCCGGCGCUUGGGGGCGAGGAGCCGAAGAGACAACACUUCGCUAACUCGAUGAGCAAUGGGAAUGCGAAUGAGAAGGCGCAGUCGCCGCAGGAUAAGUUUAAGCUGCAGGAUGUGCCGAAGCGUAGGCGCUCGCAUGAGUCGAGGAAUAGUGCUAAGACGGAGGCGGUGGAGAAUCCGCAGGCUAGACCGCUGGUGAAGAGAGAGAACUUGUCGAGGACUGAGAGCGCUGAGUCGACGAGAGUGUCUCAGGAGAGACCGAGGGGAGGCGUAAACCAGUAUCCUGCUGCGGAGCCGGAGUCGAGACCUUCGGCCGAUUGGGCCAUGUCCCCUCCUCCUGCGCGCGAGACGAGGGCUGAACUGCCAACUGCUUCGAAGCCCAUGCCUCGGAAGGAGGUUGGAGGCGGAAAAUUAGCCAAGACCCAGCCGCAAUCAUACGCCGCCUCCGACACAAUGUCCUCAUCCGUUUCCUCCACCGACAGCACCGCCCUACCCACCCCAACCGUAAACGGAAAGCCCAUCUCCAGCCCCGUCAUCAAGCCCUCCGAGGAGUCCGCACCACGCCUCCCCAUCCGCUCUGCCCCGCCACACCAGAAGCCGAGCGACACCUACAUGGCCCCCCGCGCCCCUCCCAUCCCCCCACCACCCUUCCAGCACAAAUCCAGUAAACAAGCCAUUAACCCCCUAACCGGCGAGCCUAUCUCCCCCAAGCUCCCGAGAUGGAGCGCCGGCGGCGAUUUCACCAUGGACGAGGACAUGGCUCGGAUCCUCGGCACAGACGAGCGCGCAGAGUCCCUCCUCAGACGCGUAUCCAACGCCGUCCGCCACGGCCGCAGCAUCAGCGAGACGACCAGCCGCACCGUGACGUCGGGGCACUGGCCUAAAACCCCCAUUGCCGAAGACGGCGUCGCGAGCCCGCAGUCCAUCUCCAUGGGCUCCCCUCGCACCGAAGACUCCGCCGUCCUCCGUCGCCAGCUGCGCAACUCGGAGCAGCGCGUUGCGGAGCUCGAGCGUGUCUUCGUGGCGAGCGGUGAGCUGAAAUCGGUUACCAAGCAGCUGGUUGAGAAGCGCAAGACUGUGCAUGAGCUUGGGUCGCAGGCGGAGAUUAUGAUUCGUCAGAUCGAAGUCCUGGCUGGGUAUGUAGAGCGCGCUAAGCGUGCGGAGGGUAAGCAGGAGUUGAAUAUGGAGGAGAUGGAGGAGAGCGCCAUCAAGGAUUUCGUCCUCCGCAUCGAGAGACUCAAACAAUCCAUGUCCCGCCAAGUCGAAACCCUCUUCGAAGAGCGCGAGACCCUUCUCGAUGAGAAAGCCGCUGCUAUCAAGUCGCGCGACCGCGCCCUAGCGGAAUUCGAACAGCUGUCCUUGAAGAACGCGCAGUUGGCGGAUCUGAAUAACGAUCUUACCACGCAGAUCCAGGAGCGUUUCCGUGCUCAGAGCGGGCCGGCUGCUAGUGUAGAAUCCCCGAAACCCCCGAUGUCGUCCGGAGGUGCCUCAACGAAUGGACUGGGGAUUUAUGUACAUAGUAAGGAUAAACUGUCCCUCGCUACCCUCGAUGACGCACCAUCCACCACCGCGGCAGCUACAGCCUACGCCCCCUCCCUCGCAACCGCGCAUUCCUUCCCCCACGUCCUCGACGCGGACGCUGCUCUCGAACCAGCGACGGUCUUGUCCGCCCCGCACGUGGUCAAUAUCCGUAAAGCCCAAGCCAAGAAGUUUAACUGGAAGAAGGGCGGUGCGACCGUCGCUAAGGGUGUUAGCAAGGGUUUCAAAGGCGCGUUUGGGAGUGAGCGCGAGCGUAACGCUGCUGCUGCUGGGGGAGGGGGGGAGAUCGGGAUGCCGUAUAACACCACUGUGACGCCUGUUGAUUCUCCAAGCCUGAUGGCGCUGCCGCAGAACUCGCAACUUGGUGGGGGUGGGGGGUCGUUGCCGAAAUCCCAGUCGAGUGAUCCGAGAGGCUUUGGGCUGUUCAAGAAGAGUCAUGCGAAUUCCAAGUCUGCCGGUGGUGCGUCGGCGCUCAACCCCGCUGCUGAGAGUCCAGCGACAUUAUUCGGCUCCGACCUCGUCGAGCGCGCGGCCUUUGAGCGCCGCCACAUCCCCUCAGUCGUGAUCCGCUGUAUCGAGGAAGUCGAGCUGCGCGGCAUGGAUGUAGAGGGCAUUUACCGCAAGACGGGGGGCAGUGGAUUGGUGCGCAUGAUUCAGGAGGGGUUUGAGAAGGAGACGCCGGGGAUGGAGAUUGAUAUCAGUGAUCCGGAUGUAGAUAUCACGGCGGUGACGAGCGUGUUGAAGCAGUAUUUUAGGAAGUUGCCGGUGCCGCUGCUGACGUUUGAUGUUUAUGAGAGGGUGUUGGAGGCGCUGACAAUCCCCGACUCCGACCCCACCUCCCGGUGCGCCCACCUCCGCCACACCUUCUCCCUCCUCCCCCCCAUCCACCGCGACGUCUUGGAAUUCCUGAUCUUCCACCUGGCCCGCGUCGUCUCCAAAGCUUCCGUCAACCUGAUGACACCCAAGAACGUGGCUGUCGUUUUUGCGCCGACGAUUAUGAGGGAUCGCAGUGUGGAGAGGGAGAUGAGCGAUGUGGCGAGGCGGAAUGAGGUUGUGCAGUUUGUGGUGGAGAAUAGUGAGGAGAUUUUUGGGGGGGAGUAAGGUGGAUGUGGCUCUUGCCCCAAGUUGUUGCGAGUUUUGUGGGUGUGGAGGAGGAUGCGUGGGUUUUGUGGAUGGAUUCGUGUAUAUUAGUUGUGGGAGUCGAUAAAAUGGUUCUUCAUGCGUCUUUGUUUGUUUGUUUGGCACUUCUUUAUCCUGGAUGCCUCUUUUGCGUUUUGCUUCAUUGUUGGUUGUUCGAGCAUUUUUCUUACGCUGGCUCUUUUUUCUAAUAUUUGUUUCUGGAGGACGAGAUCUUGUGUUUGUUUUUCUUUUUUGAUAUCCCCGGAUUAGUUGUGGUUUUCUUCUUCCAUCAUUUUGCUGUUCUUGUUUUUAUGGAUGGUGGUUUGUUGAUCAUGGAUCGUUGUUGUUGAUGAAAAGCUUUCAGAACCUCCCCCCCGCUUACCGUGGACCCCCGUACGUACGUACGUACCUGACGUGUGUUGCCGCGACGAUGAGCUAGGCGGCGUUUACGUUUACGUUGUCGUUGUCGUUGGCUUGUACGUAGGGUUACCGCGCCGAUGAGGUUUUGGGGGGGGGGUAAACGUUUGCACCUACGUCGUUACCGCGGCGAUAUCUCCAUCUCCGUCUCCCGUACGUACAUGCGUGCGGAACCGCAGCAUAUGGCGUUGAUGUCCUCACCACCCGAGCAUGACAGGAUGAGUUUACUGUGUUGGAAUUCUGUUUGUGCCUACAGGUCAGGGAAGGAUAGGGGUGGGGAAGAGCUGAAUAGGAGUUGGGGACCUGGAGGGGGGUGGUGUAUGGAUGUUAUGUUGCCCUGGCCAUUAUGUGGGGGGUGUAGAUACAGAGGGGAUGAAUAAAGGGGGGUAUAUCAGGAAAGAGUUUUAUGUGCUUGGUGACUGUGAUUAUGACUGUGACGGGGUGUAGGGUGUGUGGAGUGAUGGGUAAUGGUGAGAGUGUUGAUAUCAUCUAUCCGUCAAGAGAUUUCAAGAAUUUCUUUCUUAUCUUUCUUUCAAACCUUUUUAUUCUUCCCCCCCCCAUGGCGAGGGGGUAGUUCUCUGUUUAUAUAUCAAACUAAGAAAAUGGUAUCUAAUCUCGCAACAAAUCCCCCC